AAACCGGUCCAUAUCAGCAUAAAAUAGGAAAGACAGUGUGUCGAAAUAAAUAAGGCUGCUUGUUGCUGCGCUGCUUCGGCUCGAAAUCUACCCCGACAUGCCGCCCAUCGCGUACAUAACGAGGAAGGAAACCCUUAGCGCGUGCCACAGACUGCACAGCUUAACGCUCAGCGACGAGGAAAACAAGAGGAUUUUCAGCAAAUGUAACAACCCAAAUGGACACGGACACAACUACACAGUGGAAGUUAGCCUCAAAGGACCCAUAGACCCGGACAACGGCAUGGUGGCUAAUAUUGCUGAUUUGAAGAAGUACAUGCAGGUGGCCAUAAUGGACACGAUGGAUCACAAGAACCUGGACAAGGACGUGCCCUACUUCAAGGAUGUGGUCAGCACCACCGAGAACGUGGCCGUCUUCAUCUGGCAGGGCAUUAAGGCCCAGCUGCCCGAUCCCAGCAUGCUGUACGAAGUCAAGGUGUACGAGACGGACAAAAACAUCGUAAUUUACCGCGGAGAGUAAACCAGGCUGUUCUGCGUUCCAGCGGUGUAUUCUUAUUAUUGUUUUCGCUUCGUUGUCUUGCAUAAUGGGAAAUGCUUUUUAUCCGCUGUUAUCUCCCGAGAGAGAAAAGAGGACGAAUUUUCCUCCCAUUAAGAGUAAGACGGAUCACUUGUUUAUUUUCCAUUUAAGAGUCGCAUUUACGACCAAAGCAAACGGGGACUGCAAUUGAGAAUGUCGUUUUGUCAAGGCAAAUAAAAUUUUCCAGUUCAAAUCCCUC